ACAUUCAGGAAUCUACACAACACGAGCACAGUCGGCAUGAGUACGAGAUAGGAAAAGAAAAUCGUUGAAAGUCUGGACACGUGUAGUCUACUGGUUAGAUUUAGGUCGAAAGCUUUUAAAAUGUGUUUUAUAGCGUGAGGAAGUAUUUGUCUCAGAGUUUUCUGUUAAUUGUUCUUAGGUCACGUUACUUUAGAUUUGAAAGUUACACUGCGCUAACCGGUCGGUUACUUAUCCUAAUGUUACAGCUAACAUUUGCUGACUAGGUUAACUUGAUGAAAUAAGUUCGUAUUAAAUAAAGAAGAGAACUGUUAGUGCGCGGGAAAUUGUAUAGUUGCUGUUGAAAACAGCUUGACUGCCUCAAAACAAUGGUGUUUUUCACGUGCAAUGCCUGUGGGGAGUCGUUGAAGAAAGCUCAGGUGGACAAACAUGUAAUGAAAUGUCGGAGUUGCGAAGUUCUUUCGUGUAUUGAUUGUGGAAAAGACUUUUGGGGAGACGACUACAAGGACCAUAACAAAUGCAUUAGCGAAGACCAGAAAUAUGGUGGCAAAGGCUACGAGGCCAAGUCCAACAAAGGUGAUGUCAAGCAACAGCAAUGGAUUCAAAGAAUUCAUGAAGCCAUGGACAGACCUGGGGUGACUCCAAAGCUAAAGGAGAUUCUAAAUCAAGUCAGUUCGUAUGACAAUGUUCCAAGAAAGAAGGCCAAAUUUCAGAACUGGAUGAAGAACAGUCUGAAGAUCUACAAUAACUCCCUGCAUGAACAGGUGUGGGAAGUCUUCGCUGCAGCCACAAGCAAUGGUCCAGAGAAGCAGGGUAAUCAGGAAGCGCCCGCAGAUAAGACCAACGGGACCAAUAAGGCUGAGGAGAAUGGGUCGGCACCGCAGGAAGCGUCAGAGGAGGUGGCCCCUCUGAAAGAGAAGAAGAAGAACAAACGCGAGCGCAAAGAGGAGAAUGGGUCGGCACCGCAGGAAGCGUCGGAGGAGGUGGCCCCUCUGAAGGAGAAGAAGAAGAACAAACGCGAGCGCAAAGAGGAGCGACAGCAGCAGAAGAAGAAGCAGAAGAAAGGUAGCACAAAUGGCCAGGAGGAAGAGGAGCAACAGCCCAGCGAGGAAGCGUCCGAGAAGAAGAAGAAGAAAAAGAAGAGGAAAAUGGAGGAAGUGGAGGAGGAUGACGCCACUCCUAACGGACACACUGCUGAGGAUACUGGGAGGAAGGCCAAGAAGAGUAAAAAAGAAAAUCUAGAUGACACGCAAAACUCUGAGGUAGCAGAUGAUGCAGAGGAGGAAGCCAAUGAACCUAAUGCCAAAGGCAAAUUCAACUGGAAAGGGACGAUUAAAGCUGUAUUAAGACAAUCACCAGAGGAAGGCCUUGCUGUCAAAAAGCUCAGGAAGAAGGUCUUGGCUGCAUAUUACUCUUUCAGUGGUAACGGGAACUUCAGAUCAGAGGAAGAGGUCUUCUCCCUGUUCAACAAGAAAAUCAAUGGCAAUCCCAAGUUCAAGAUUGUGAAAGACAAAGUCCGACUUAUGAAGUAGGCAAUUUACUGGCAUUGGCCAAGAAUGAUUCUGUCAGAGACCUAUUUUUCCAAAAAUCCCCCUCAUGAAAUGUUUUUAGUAAGAAAAAAAAAUAAAUGUUCUGUUAGAACUA